UUGAUUGAGCUUAAGUACUUAAAAUCAAUCCUAAGGAGCAGAGCGACAUCCACAGAAGUCUGUAGUCUGCGAGCCUCGACGAGUGCCGUGCAAAAGCAAGCGUUCACACUCGAAGUCGAGGGAUCCUUUAUUGCUUCUUUCGUAACAGAGUUCGCGUAUCAGUCACCAUCUCUUCGUCGUCGGCUCAGUCUGUUGAGCCGUCCGACCAUAUCAACGCACCCGUUUCGAUCGCAACUUGUACCCGUGACCCGUACAACCGUGUUCGAACCUACCCCAUGUGCUGAUUACUUGCUCCAUAGCCCGUGCGGUCCACUUGCUACCCGUCUCUCAUGGUGCUGCCCUGAUGGAUCGAGCCGUCUUUGUAAAUUAAACAUUCCUAUGGGCAGAUAUCCUGAUAAUAACCUUCUAUUACAACCUGACAUUAACAGAUGCUCAUACCAUCCAUGGACCUUCAAACGGCUGGUGCCGACUGCUAUAUAUCAAACACGGCGGAAUCCAAAACGCACUCUUCGAUCACUGAACCAAUGA